AUGGCGACCGUCGCAGAUGUCGUAUACAUGGCUGAACCGCCCAACGGCGAAGCUAGAUUUGCAGCCAGGACAGUCGGUGUCGGUACGACAGCUGCAGGAGUCUCGACGACCGUUGUUUCCUUGUUGGCCGUUUUUCUUCGAAUAUUUACGAGACUACAUGCCGUAAAACGGAGUCUAGGCGUUGAUGAUUAUUUGAUCUUUUCUUCCUGGGUCAUGAGCGUUGCCUUCUUAGUCACAGGAAUCAAAAUGAUCGAUCUCGGCAUUGCAUCAAAUUUCUGGCAGGUGACUUAUGCGGACUAUGAUCCCGGCUGCCUGAUUUGGAAUUUACGGACGCGGUGGUUUGGCAAGCUGAUUAGAUUGUCGCCCUGUCUACGCAUCUUGGGACACAGAGGCACUACAGACUGCUCAAUGUAUCGGACUGCUCAAUGUGUCGAUAAGGAGACUAUUCACAUGAUACUCAGCAUCGCUAACACCAUUAUGGACGUGGCCAUCUUGAUGCUUCCCCUGAAGAUCGUCAUUCCACAUCUGAUGGCUAGGAGGCAAGAGGCUUCUGUCAUCUUGCUGUUUGCCACUGGCACCUUAGAACAACAGGAAAAGACGCAACUUACAAAACUACAAUCACACGACGAUCUUCCAGAAAAGAGUCUAGGUAAGGCGGAAUCUAGCGAUGACGAAAUUAAGCUGUGGUCUGGAAGGAGGUAUCGCAAGGAUCUUGUCAGCGAGCGGGAGACAAUCAUUGAGUCUGAACCGAAACACCACAAACGGAUGUGUAGCGGAAUAAUUCAUGCUGCCAAUGUGAUUGACUCCGAUGAUAUUGAGUCAGCUUCACUUGCGGAAAGAAAUGAUGGUCGAAUUACACCGUCAACGGCCGCACGGAUUCAGGUCACCUACGAGACCAAAGUUUCAUAA